GACUGCUUUGUUUUUGAAAGUUGAAACCGACACGCAAAUGAAAUCAGCUGAAAAAUGUUGGACUGGAAGCGGAAGACAUGGAGAGACAAGUCCAUUUGAUUCCAUAUGCGAAAGCUUCAACCUCACAAUCACUAGAUUGCGCUAUUGCGUUCUCCGCAACUCCUGUUUUUAAUCUAGUGGUUUUCGAACUCUCACUCCUUGUUCUCGUCUUCCUCUGAAUUUCAUUUCCGUCUGAAUGUAUUUAUCGGAGAAACCCCGACCCAUCGAUUUCUACAAAGAAGAAGCAACCCCAGAUAUGAUGAUCGAGGUUGCGUCCAGUGCGGAGCUCCCUCCUCCUCCGCCGCCACUUCAACAACCUCAGCAACAUCAAAUGAUCCUCGGCGACAGUAGUGGCGAGGACCACGAGGUUGAAAUUAAGGCGCCAAAGAAGCGCGCUGAGACUUGGGUGCAAGACGAAACGAGAAACCUCAUUGCUUUUCGCCGCGAGAUGGAUGGGCUGUUUAAUACCUCCAAAUCUAAUAAGCACUUGUGGGAACAGAUAUCGGGGAAGAUGAGAGAUAAGGGAUUUGAUCGAUCACCGACUAUGUGUACGGAUAAGUGGAGAAAUCUGCUAAAGGAGUUUAAGAAGGCGAAGCAUCAAGAUAGGGGAGCUGGUUCCGCUAAGAUGUCGUAUUACAAAGACAUUGAAGAGAUUUUGAAAGAGAGGAGCAAGAGUGUGUGCUACAAGAACCCUACUCCUUCAAAGGUUGAAUCCUAUAUGCAAUUCUCUGAUAAAGGUAUGGAGGAUACCAACAUUUCUUUCGGGCCUGUUGAAGUUUCAGCCACUGGCAGAUCAACACUCAAUCUUGAGAAUCGUUUGGAUCAUGAUGAACAUCCUCUUGCAAUUACUGCAGCUGAUACUGUUGGCACAAGUGGGGUUCCUCCUUGGAGUUGGCGAGAAACUCCUAUAAGCACAGAUGGGGAAGGUCAAUCAUGUUGUGGGAGGGUCAUAACAGUUAAAUGGGGCGAUUACACAAGAAGAAUAGGCAUUGAUGGUACUUCAGAAGCCAUCAAAGAGGCAAUAAGAGCUGCUUUUAGGUUGAGAAGCAAACGUUUGUUUUGGUUGGAGGAUGAAUACCAGAUAAUAAGGAGUCUUGACCGAGAUAUGCCUUUAGGAAAUUAUACUCUUCACCUUGAUGAAGGAAUGGCCAUUAAAGUAUGCCUCUAUGAUGAGUCUGAUCAAAUUCAUGUUCAUACUGAAGAGAAGAUCUUUUACACCGAAGAAGAUCACCGUGACUUUCUGGCUCGGCGAGGCUGGACAUCUCUAAGGGAACUUGAUGGAUAUAGAAACAUUGAUAACUUCGAUGAUCUUCAACCUGGUGCCAUGUAUCGUGGUGUGAGUUGAGGACUGGUGCAUGAUAUAAUCAAUCUUCAGCUAAAAUGCCUAGAGAACUUUGUAGGGGGACUGUAUAUAUAUCUCUUUGACAUUCAUGCAGCACAAUCCUGGGGUUAUAUUUGGCUGUAUAUUUUUAGGAAUAUAGAUGUGCAUAAUUUAUGUUCUCUAGCUUCAACAUGUAAAUGAGCAUUGCCGGUGCUGUUAUCUUUUUUGUUAGAAAAGUUAUCAUUGCUAGAAAAAUAUCCAAGUGUUCAAUUAAAAUUAAAAAGAAUCUCAAGUUUAAAA